AUGUUGGACUCCUUCCGCGCUUCGACGCUUCACAUCUCCGACUACCUAGACCGCUUCGCUGCUCGUGUCCUCCCUUCCGUGCACCAACGAGGCUCUUCAUCGCUGCCUCCGCUUCUCUUGUACGGCGCCAUCCUCGCAGCCUCCCUUCACACCCUCCGCCUCGCUACAGCCGACUACAAGCGCAAGUUCUACGUUGAAGACGGCACCAUGAUCAUCAAGUCGCCCCACAACUUCACCGCCCCCUCCUAUACUCUUCCCGAGUUCCUCUUCAAGCCCAUCGAUAUCCCGGCAUGCAAGGAGCGCGUCAACGCACCGCUUCUCUUCCCCGCCGAGCCUGAGGUCACCGGCCGCCCCGAUGCCAAGCCGCUCUCGCUCGUUGACGUGCGCGAAUAUGCCACCAACUUUGCCUCGGCGCUCAUCUCGGGCUCCACCGAGUCCGGCCGCAAGUACGGCCGGGGCGACGUCGUCGGUAUCAGCGCAUCCAACCAGCACGACUACCUUGCCUGCGCACUCGGAAUCAUGAUGACCGGCGCCAGCGUCGCCCUCUUCAACCCCGCCUACAAGCCCUCCGAGAUUGCCCACCAGGUCCGCAUGGUCAAGGCCACCGCCAUCAUCACCACUGCCGCCUCCUACCAGGCCACACAAGAGGCUGCUCGCGAAGCUGCCAUGAAGGGUGAAGACGGCCUCGAGCACCUCUCUGCCGUCCCCGAGAUCCUCGUCUUCGAGGAGAGCCACGACGCCUCGGUCGCAAAAAUCCUCAAGGUCGGCAAGGACGAGCUGCCCGAGUCGCGCGCAUUGCUCGACAAUGUCGACAUCGACCCCAAGACCACCACCGCCGUCUACUGCUUCUCCUCCGGCACUACCGGCGGCCCCAAGGCCGUCAUGCUCUCCCACUACGCCAUGGUCGCCAACGUUAUCCAGUCCUCCUACACGAUGCUCGACCGCGUCAACGACCCCCUUAUUGACGAAGACAACUGGUACGAGAACGGCCGCGAGCACCUCAAUGGCUACUUCACCACCCGCGUCGCCCAGACCUGGAACACCGCCGCCGACUCGGUCAACACGCUCACCGGCAAGCUCGGCGGCAUCAACCUCGCGCCGCGCCUCAGCCGCGGCGAAUUCCACCUGGCGCUGCUGCCGCUUUUCCACUGCUACGGCCUGCUGAUGGGCUUCAUGGGCCUGCACACCAGCACCCCCACCAUUGUGCUGCCGCGCUUCCAGCUCGACGUCUUCCUCGCCACCGUGCAGAACUACCGCGUCACUUUCUGCUUUGUCGUGCCCCCCAUCCUCCUCGCGCUUGCCAAGCACCCCAUGGUCGAAAAGUACGACCUCAGCUCGCUCACAAAGGUCAGCUCCGGCGCCGCCUCGCUGCCCUCGGAGCUGCGCGACGCCGUCAAGAAGCGCCUCGGCAUAGUCUCCACUGACGGUUACGGCAUGUCCGAGAUGUCGCCGCUCGUCUGCAGCCAAAACAGCAAGGACCUCGUGCACUACCCCGGCACCGUCGGCCAGCUUGUGCCCGGCACCGAGGCCAAGGUCAUCGACCUCGACGGCAAGGAGGUUGGCUUUGACGAGGAGGGCGAGCUGUGCCUGCGCGGCCCGCAGAUGAUGCAGGGCUACCUCAACAACGACGAGGCCAACGCCAAGACGUUCCUGCCGUCCGUGGAUGCGCCGGACCGCUUCCUGCGCACGGGCGACAUUGUGCGCGUCAACCGCGAGGGCUACGUUACCAUCACUGACCGUCUCAAGGAUGUGAUCAAGUACAACGGCUUCCAGGUGCCGCCGUCGGAGCUCGAGGCGCUCAUGUUCAAGGAGGAGCGCGUCGGCGACUGCGCCGUGCUCGGCGUACCGGACAAGGAGGGCACCGAGCUGCCCUGGGUCUUUGUCGUGCUCAACCCCAAGACCAAGGAAGAAGUUGGCGACGACGAGGACAAGAAGAAGCAGCUCGAGAAGGAGCUGCUCGCGUUUGUCAACGAGCGCGUCAAUGCCAGCUACAAGAAGCUGCGCGGCCUCACGUGGCUCGACGCCCUGCCCAAGUCGGCGUCGGGCAAGAUCCUCAAGAAGGACAUCCGCGCCAUGGUCGAGCAGGACAAGCUCGCCGCUCGCAAGUGA